AUGGAACCUCCCAUCCGCUCGUCCCGGAGACGAAAUACUUCACUCCGUCGCUGUGUCCUCGCUCGCAACGGCGCUCGCUUCCUUCCCCCCGCGCCUUCAGACUCGACAGACGAAACAGAUGACGCCGAAAGUGCGCACGAGAAGAGGGAGGACGUCGACCCCUCGCCUGCCCCCAACUCUUCUAACAACGCAUCGGCUUCGUCCGCCCGCUCUAUCCCACGCCACGAGUCGCCCCUGCGUGUGACCACGGAAGAAGCGGAGCGGAAGGCGCGACUGAUAGAGGUGGAGAAGCUAGAGUGGCAUUACGCGUCUUGCGAAUUCGUCAAGCAGAUCCUGGUCUACGCAGACUGCAUGGCCGAUAGGCCCAUUGGUAUCAUCGUCCCGCGCGUACGCAAGCUGAAGAACCUCGCCUCUUCACUCGGUAUCCCAGGCGACUGCAAGAUGCUCGCGGACAACAAGACCAUUCAACAGCACGUCCCCUGCGCAGUCAACGCCGUCGGGAAGAAGGCCGGCCUCGAGUCGCACGAGUUGCUCGAAGACGUCGUCCUCUGCGACACCGAGUGGACGCAGCAGAACGGCAUGCUCGUGCUGAACAGGAGGGCAAUCUAUCAGAAGUACAAGAAGCAGAUCAUGUCGCCCUUGCCUUGCUCGCCCGCUUUCUACGCAAGUCGCCUGCAUGCUCGCCAAUCCUCCGCCGUCGCCGCUGUACGCUUCGCCACCUCGAGGAAUGAGGGCACGACGAGCCUGGCGCAGCAUAACCUCGGCUACGGCACGACUUCGCUCGACCUCGCUGCCUCCUUCAACGCGACGAUCUCGCAGCAGAUUGCGUCGGGCAACGGUCCCGUCACGAGCCGCACCGUCGUCCUCGCCGCACACGCCGUCGCAGGCGCACUCGCCUUCGCCUUCGUCUCGCCUGCCGCCGUCUUCAUCGCCCGUCUCGGACGCGACUGGUUCGCGUGGUACCGCCCCCAUCUGAUUCUCCAACUCGCGACUCUCGUCCUUGUGGUCGUGACCUUCGGACUCGGCGUCUACGGCACGACCGGCGGGUUCUUCCAGGACGACCACCAGCGUCUCGGCACGAUCGUCUGCGGGCUCGCGCUUGUACAAGGCGCGCUCGGCUGGCUCGGACACCGCAAGCCUCCUCACCCACUCACCGGCGCCCGACCCUCCCGCCGCCCUCGCAAUGACACGCUCGACACCCGCCGCCUUUCGUUCCCCUGGCUCCGCCUCGCCCACAUCUUCGUCGGCAUCCUCACUCUCGUCCUCGCCUGGGCGCAAAUCUGGAACGGACUCGACCACGAAUGGGCGGCAACGAGCGGUGCGAAGGCUAUUCCGCACGGCGCCAAAGUCGCCUUCUGGGUCGUCCUCGUCAUCUGGCUCGCGCUCUACGCAGGAGCGUGGGCGCUGGGCAUCGUUAUGGGCCCGAGGAGGGUCGCGCGCAAGGCUGCUGCCUCGCCUAACGAGAGCAGGUUGACGAGCGCGUCAAUCAGCCCGACCCAGACGCUGCAGGGUGACCAGCAGGGCGAGUAUGGGCUUGUCGAGAUGGGUCGCGAUGGGACUUGGACGCCGCAGAAGCAGUACAAUUGGCGAUAG